AAAGAGAUCGAGAUCUGGCGCUUGUCUCUCUCCUCCUUCCCUCUCCGUGCGCGUCCCUCUGCUACCGAUCUCCUCCUUCGGAUCGCCCUGGUGCCCGAUCCCGAUUCUUGAGGGGGCGCAUGGCGGAGCAGCUCACCGACGACCAGAUCUCCGAGUUCAAGGAGGCCUUCAGCUUGUUCGACAAGGACGGCGAUGGUUGUAUCACUACUAAGGAGCUUGGGACUGUGAUGCGCUCUCUGGGUCAGAACCCUACAGAAGCAGAGUUACAGGACAUGAUAAAUGAGGUUGAUGCAGAUGGUAAUGGGACGAUCGACUUUCCUGAAUUUCUCAAUCUGAUGGCCCGAAAGAUGAAGGACACCGACUCAGAGGAAGAACUGAAGGAGGCCUUCCGAGUCUUCGACAAGGAUCAGAAUGGUUUCAUAUCUGCUGCUGAGUUGCGUCAUGUCAUGACCAACCUAGGUGAGAAACUGACGGACGAGGAAGUUGACGAGAUGAUCCGUGAAGCUGAUGUUGAUGGAGAUGGUCAGAUCAACUACGAUGAGUUUGUCAAGGUCAUGAUGGCAAAAUGAGUCCUCGAAAUAAAAUCUCAUGAUCGUCCCUGUCUGUUUUAAUUUACAAACCCCAUGGGUGGGUUUUGUUUGAAUCCAACUAUCCUGAACUUGGAAGAUGAUGAAAUCAUUUGCUUGAUUAAUUUAGUUUGCUUCUCCUGUGAUCA